AUGAACGAGGUCGAGUCGGUUGGUAAUUCCUGGAAGCCUUGUGAUAAUAGAAGUGGGAAUAGCUUGAGAAACCAAGCUUUGGGAGCCGGCUUGAGGCCACAAAGAGCCUUAUUGUUGGUGGCUCCAUCGGGUUUCAGUGAUUCUUUCAGAGUACGUGGCAGGAGGCCGGUUUAUUCUGCCAAGUCUUGCCGUUUUAGAGAUUUCAAAAAAUUGAGUUUGCAUGGGAAAGAACUCCCAGACUAG